AUGCUGGACCAUGAUGGGAACCAGAAAGUCACUUAUAUGAUACAGUGUGACUUCUGGCCAAGGGUGCUCCAGGUCUUCUUGCCGUUCGACAUGGCCCUCAACGUUCUACUAGGUAAAUCAUCUUCGCAUAUGGGCUUUCUCCUGCCAACGCUGUACCGGUUGCAAGACAAGCAGAAAAAGUCCAGAAACUCCCAAACAGGAGAGUUGAAGAGGUACCCUACAUGUCCGUCCACUGCCACUGCAGGUAUGGCGCUUUUGCACUAUUUUCGUAAAAACAAGCGGCUGUCACUCAAAGUCAACAGAAGUAGUCCAACAUUUGCAGCUUGUGAGAGACGUUUAAGUUUAAUGAUGAGGUCCGGGUUUUUGGAGAGUUCCUGUAAUGCUGUGGCCUCUUCCGGAGUGAUGUUUGGGUUGAUGGGUCUCACCUGGAAGUCUCUGUCAAGGAAGAGUAGGAGGUCCGGUCGGUCCCCAGGUCGCCGUCCGUCCACUGCUCCGUUUGCUGCGAGGUCCGCGCUGCUGCUGGCUGUUGCGCUGGCAGCUCCGCUGACCGCUCUGCUGGCUGCUCCGCUGCUGGUUGCGUUGCUGCUGGCUGCUCCGCUGCUGGCUGCCCCGCUGCUGGUCGUUCCGCUGACCGCUGCGUUGUUCUCUCCACAGGUCGUCCUGCUGCCGCCGAGGGUCCUGCUGCCGCUGUGUGUGGAUCUGCUGGAGCUGUCCCGCUGCUGA